AUGGCCCCCACUUCUGCCAGGUCAAAACUGAAAACCCAAGAAGAAACUGCAUCUCCUUUCAUUUCACCUCGUUCAUAUCUCUCUCUCUCUCUCUCUCUCUCUCUGCAGAAAACGGUUCUGAAAGUAUGCAUCAACUGCCUCAAGUGCAAGACCAACAUUCUCAAAGCUAUAGCUAAACUUUCAGGUAUAAAUGAAUUGGCUGUGGAUGAUGAAAAAGGGACACUAACGGUGAUCGGGGAUGUUGAUCCCAUGUGCGUGGCCAACCGGCUUAAGAAGAUGGGGAAGCUGAUCGAAAUAAUCAGCAUUGGACCCGCUAAGCCCCCUGAUAAACCCAAACCCCCGGAGAAAGAGAAAACCGAUCCAAAACCGCCGCUGCCUUCUUGUUGUGACAAGUGUCAAUUUGCCAUGAUCAUAUAUGACGAUAUUGAUUCUUCUGGUUCCGAGAUUGCUUCUAUCAGACCGUCCUACACAUACCCGUUCAUGGCUUGGAAAGUUAAAGUUUACCAAUGGAUGGAAUAA